AUGCAGCCCAAGAAUACUGCCGCUGUGGCACUCCUGCUCAAUGCUACUCAUGGCCUGGCGCAGUCGUGUCCGAGCGGAUAUACCAGAAGCGACAGCUCGUCUUCGACUUCUGUCAGCUCGGCAACCUCUCUGAGGUCGUCUUUCACUUCCGUGGGAUCGACAGCGACCUCACCAACUAGCACCAAUGCUGCUUCUGCAACCCCAUCUGCACCCGCGACUGGCCUCAACUGGACCGUCUGUGAUCCAAACCGAUCGACCAUGAUUGACUGCGCUACUUUGAGGGUUCCCCUUGACUAUACUGCAUCCUCGUUGAAGCGUGAUGCCAAAAUGAUCGACCUUCCUCUCGUCCGCAUUCCAGCCGUGGACGCGGAUGGCAACAGAGUUUCUGGUGGCAAGUCAGUCAUUGUGAAUCCUGGAGGACCAGGAGAGAGCGGAAUCGAUCUUGCUUUGGAAGGUGGCAGCGAUUUGCAGUCUGUAAUUGGUAUCGGAUACAACAUUAUCGGAUUUGAUCCUCGUGGCGUGGGCCUCACCGAAGCAUAUAAGUGUCCCGUUGUGACAUUCGACAGCGCCACUGAUCCAUCUUACUCGGCAGCCGAAGAUGGAGAUGGCUCUCUUCGUGCUCUCCGAGACGGAAUGAACCAAGCUCAGAGAUGUGCAGAAGACGACUACAAAGCGGCUGGCCAGCUAGUCGGCACUGCCUUUGUCGCCCGCGAUAUCAUGGCGAUUGCCAAUGCUCUGGGCGAGGAUGGGCUCAUUCGCUACAUUGGUUACUCUUACGGUACACUGCUAGGUGCUACUGUCGCUGCCAUGUUCCCCGACAAGAUCGAUCGCAUGUACCUUGACGGAAACAUUGACCCGACUGACUAUUACCAUGGGGACGGUUCUACUAGUCUUAGUAGCUUUGACAGUGCGGUCGCUCAAUUCUUCGAUCUAUGUGCCGACGCGACGAGUCCGUACUGCCCGCUUGCUAACGGUCAGAGUGGCUCACAGCUCUUAAACGCCUACGCGCAGUUUCUGGCGGAUCUCGAUGCCAACCGCAUCACGGCGAAAGACUCCACCGGUUCACUCAUUACUGCUUAUCAGAUCAAAGAUAAGAUGUUCAACGUCUUAUACAGCCCAACCAAGUUUAUUGGCUUUGCUAUCGAGCUGAACGACAUCUACAAGACCAAGACUGCAGUAUCAACGACCUCACGUUUGGCCAAGAGAUACAACCCAGAUCCAUGGACAGCAAAGAAUGUUUCGGCCCCCAACGCGAUUAAAGCAAUCUCGGGAGGCGACUACUUCAGGACAAACGCCGCUACACUUAACCGAUUUCGGGACCUUAGAAAGCUUUACAUUUCUAAAAGUACCUAUGGAGGUGAGAGUGCACUGGGUAACCAGUACAGUCAGGAGACCUGGCUGGUAGAUGCCAAAGAGCGUUUCGGAGGCAGUUUCAAGGGCAUCGAGACUAAGACUCCCAUUCUCUUUGUCAACACCCUAUAUGAUCCUGUUACACCUUUGGAUGCAGCGCUCAGCUCAAGUUCAGGCUUCUUGAGGAGUGUUGUCAAGAGACAUAGUGGAGUAGGACACUGCUCCAAUCAAACGCCCAGCAAAGCUCUCAACGCAGACAUCGCCGCUUAUUUUGCGUCUGCAAAGCUGCCCGAUGUCUCCAUCAUCACGAAUCCUGAUGACGGAAACCCAUUCAGACCAAGUUCAUCGUCCACAUCAGCUGCUACGAAACUCGCAAACCUGAACGUAGAUAACAUCGGAGCUGUCGACCGUCCUGCUGCACUGGACAAGGCCAAGCGCGACAUGAUCAAUCUGCUUAUGCGCCAGAGUGAAGAGAUCCCUUCUGGUUGUGUCCCCAUCUCUCUUCCUUCGUCCACACAGAAUUCACCGAUGUCCUCUUCAGUCGAGGUCAGUCCGUCGAUGACAUCGAUGCCGUCCACAGGAGUCUCGAGCUCGAUUCCGAGUACCAGCGUUGAACCUUCUUCGUCUUCUUCAUUGGCUUCUUCUUCCCUGGUCUCUUCUUCCCCAUCUUCUUCACUGGCUUUGUCUCCAUCUUCUCUAUCUUCUUCCGAGCUUUCCUCUUCAUUUUCGUCUUCCUCUGGACCUGUCUCUUCUUCGACCUCUGCAGACUUUACUUCGUCAAUUCCCUUGACGCUGACCUCAGCGAUUGCGUCACAAAGCUCUCUUACAUCAGUCUUGUCAUCGAAACCUUCCCAAUCUUCAGAAGGCCCGACAAGCACAUCUGCUUCAUCAUCGUCGCAGACCUCGUUCACGACGCAAAUGACUGACGUGUCUUUAACUUCUGCUUCCAGAUCACUUUCGUUGUCUAUAGAUUCUCAGUCGACUGACGCAAGGACCACUUCACAGACGAGUGUUACAGCCAGCGGCACGGCAACGCCUUCGUCAAGUGCUUCGAUCGCUUCAAGUCUUACCAGUGCGGCCGUUGUGUCGUCAAGCAGUGCUGUGUCGUCAAGCAGUGUUGUGUCAUCGGGCAAUGUUGUGCUGUCAAGUAUCGCUGUAUCUGUCUCGUCCACCUCUGCUAGUCCACCUAGUCAGACAGUCUCGGGUUCCACACUGCCUUCACCCUCCGCCGACAUUUCAGUCAUAACUGUAGAUGGCACGACAUACGCUAUCGAGAAUGACGUGACUUAUGCGGGCAGCAGUCUGGGUGGUCAAACGAUCUCCAAGCGAGCCUCAGACACCUUCGCGACUUGCUUGUCCAGCUGCGCAAGGACGACAGCUUGUGUCGGUGCAGCAUACAGUCAAAAUAGUGGCUCCUGCACCCUUUAUCAGUCAAUUGUAAUUGGUUCGAAGCGCACAGCCAAGGGAAUUACGUUCGCUACGGUUGUAGGGCGUCAAGGAACCACGCUCAGCUCCGCUUCCAAGUCUUCCUCUGGAUCUGUCGCUUCCAACAGUGGAACUUUGAGCUUGGCCACUGGGGCAUCAUCUCCAAGACCGACUGUCGUCUCAAGUCGCAUCGGCACAUCAUCCUACAUGUCCAACGCGACCUCAAUACAGCCAUCCACAACAGUAUGGGUCACUUCCGUCGUCAAUGUCUGCCCGACUGGCCUGACCACUUCGGCCAUCACUGUCACUGCUACAUGCCCUGGUGGUUGUUCAACACGUCCAUCCGGUAUCCCUCAGGGAUUCACGACCACCACGGUGUUCUGUUCGGCAUGUGCUAUCCCGCAGGUCAUCACUGUCACUACUCCGGUGGCAUCUCCGACUGGUACGCAGUCCGUUGUGAAGACCGGCACGCAAUCUGUAGCAAAGACUGGUUCAAGCAAUUCGAGCAACGGAGGUGCAUCAAGUGCUGCACUCUUUAGUGUUGCACUCUCUACCGUCACAAACAUCUCUCCUGCACUCGGUAUAUGCUCUGGAGGCUCUUGCCCCAAGAGCGGCCUAAGCUCCGUAGCGAGCCAGGCAUCGGUCACCACCAUUGGUCUCAUCCAAACGAGUAGUGUCAUCCCCAUCAACAGUGCCUCUCGUGCGUCGAAUACUGUUGGCGCUGCAUCAAGCACGGCAAAACUAGGUCUGACCACUGCUUGGAAUCCAGCAACCUCUUCGAACUCGACUUCAAGACCUACCAUGGCUGUGUUCACUGGAUCAGCAAGCCAGAACUGUGUCACAGGCAUGACUUUUCUUGCUGUCUUCUUUGCGCUUUUCCUACUUGCUUGAACAAAGCCCCUAUAUAUCUUGCGAUAGUACAUACUUUUUAU